AUGGUAUGCAACUUCAGCUUGGGCCCCAUUAAGGCUACACCGGAAGAGCUGGAAGCUUCUAUUCCUAAGAGGAAGGGGAGGGCGCCGGCUACAACUUCAGCAAAGUCCAAAGCGAAGCCGAGUGUGAAGCAUAAUCGAUCACCCCAAAAAGAAAACGUAGCUUCACCAAACCCCAACCCCCCGAAGCGGGUGAAGGGGAAACAGCCGGAGGAAGAUCCACAGAAGGCGAUUGAGGAGCUUCGCAAGGCGAAUGAGAGGAUGCAAGCAGAGUUGGCCAAGCUCCGCGAUGAAGCAACCUCUCAAACCAAGGGCUCCUCCUCAUCUUACAAGACUCCGCCACCGCGACACCCUGCGCCAUCCCCAAGCCCAAAACCCAAGAGCAAGAGUUUGAGGCAGGAACCUGGCCCACCACCUACUUGCCCCAAAGGAGUGGACGGUGCUGAGACUGGUGCUGAGAUCCCGCCUGCUCCGCAAACCGAAGGUGCAAAGCAUGCUCGUUUGAGGCGCCUUUGCGAGGUCAAGCCGAGCGGCAAGUGCGCUGUGCCAAAAGAAGUUCAUGAGCGUUGGAAGAAGGCCGACAAAGCGGAACGGGAUGCCAUGGUUGAGGAGUUUGAAAAGGCUAAUUGGGCCAAGGACAGUGAAAUCUUCAUUUCCCGAAUCACCAAGUCCAUCUCCAAGAUCAGCAAGCUAAGCAAGCGCAAGAAGAGGGGCUGGUUUACGAAGGAAGCCAUGUCCAGAAUCCUGCAGUGGUCUGCGAGCUACAUCAAAGAUGUUGUGGCUUAUUGUGAACGACCUGGCAAUGAGCGAUUGUGGAAGAAAGACCGCUACAACCCGAAAAUCAAGAAGUAUUACGUUGUGUAUGAAGAGGGUGAUGAAGAGCUUUCUGAAGAUGAGGAACGACACGAGAAGAAAGAUGUUGAGGCUCCCAGCACAAUGCCACAAACACCUUGUAGGAGCCAAUCUUCUCCAGCAUCUUGA